CAGGCAGCGGGCGGGGCGGGGCCAAAAGUUUCCUGCCCAACUUUCUCUGCCUCCUUCCUCCGCCCGCGCGCGCCCACUGCUGCAGUCCGGGGAGGCGGCGGCAGCAGCGGCAGCGGCUGCGGGCAACGCGCGGGGCACGGGGCUCUGAGCGAUAGCCGUCGGGGCCGGGGCGGCUGGCAGUGGGCACAGGCUCCCCGGUGCCCGCCCCUCCGCCGGGAGGGGGGCGCGAGCGGGCGGCCGGGGAGGGGCCGGCACCGCCACGGCAAAAUGAGCCUGCUGUCUGCCAUCGACACGAGCGCCGCCUCGGUGUACCAGCCGGCCCAGCUACUCAACUGGGUCUACCUGUCGCUUCAGGACACACACCAGGCUAGCGCCUUUGAUGCCUUCCGGCCCGAGCCGCCCGCCGGCGCCGCGCCCCCGGAGCUGGCCUUCGGCAAAGGCCGCCCUGAGCAGCUGGGCUCUCCCUUGCACUCCAGCUAUCUUAACAGCGUCUUCCAGCUGCAGCGCGGAGAGGCACUGAGCAGCAGUGUGUACAGGAAUGCUUCACCCUAUGGCUCUCUCAACAACAUCGCCGACGGCCUCAGCUCCCUCACCGAGCACUUCUCAGACCUGACGCUCACGUCUGAGGCCCGCAAGCCCAGCAAGAGGCCUCCGCCCAACUACCUGUGCCACCUGUGUUUCAACAAAGGACACUACAUUAAGGACUGCCCUCAGGCACGUCCCAAAGGAGAGGGGCUGACCCCAUACCAAGGCAAGAAGCGCUGCUUUGGCGAGUACAAGUGUCCCAAGUGCAAGAGAAAAUGGAUGAGCGGGAACUCCUGGGCCAACAUGGGGCAGGAGUGCAUCAAGUGCCACAUUAACGUGUACCCGCACAAGCAGAGACCCCUGGAGAAGCCUGAUGGCCUGGAUGUAUCUGACCAGAGCAAGGAGCACCCGCAGCACCUCUGUGAAAAGUGCAAGGUCCUGGGCUACUACUGUCGUCGUGUGCAGUGACCUUGGCUGCCACUGCAGAACCCCUCAGCUACCACCUCCCUGUGCUGCCCAAGGGGCUGAAUGUCCCUAUACCUGAGGAGACCUCACAGGCCUGUGGGCUUACGCAGAGGAGGCUCAUGUCCUUGUUUCAUGUGCUAACUGUGUGGCUGACUUGCUCUGGACAGGGUGCAGAGACAGGAGGUUCAGGGACUCUUCACCAGAGGCCUGGACUCUGUAGAGGGACAGAGGCCAGCGGAAGUCUUGGUAUUCUCACAGGCUCUCUUCCCGAGUGUCUUUGGGACUGAGUGGCUUUGUAUCUGCCACAAGUACACCAGUGAACUGUGAAUCCUGAGGCCUGUGGGAAGUCUUCCCUCCAAGACCAGCCAGGUCCUAUCCCACCCAGAGCCUUGCAGCUUGCCUCCUAUGAAAAGCCACUCUGGGGAAUUCCUGUUUCAUUCCUAAUCUGUAGUCACAGAGGGCAGUUACUUCUUCUAGCAGCUGCUGAGGAGUGGUUGUCUGUUGGGCCCACAGUGAGUCCCAAAUCUGACCACCCCUGAUGUCACUGAAUGGUAGCUAAAUACAGCCUCCCCUGCCAAUGGAACUGGCAGGCAGGGCGACAUUAAACAUCCUAGGGAUAUCAGGCAUCACCUCCCAUGACCUCCCCUAGACUGUCCCGUAGGCUUGGGUUCUAUCGGCUGCUCUCUUCUCAUCCUUAGCCUUCCAUCCAUGUCAGGGAUGCACUCCACAAAAGCUGCAAGCCUGCUUCAGCAUGGAGGAUGCAGGUCUUGGCAUUCUGGAGCUACUUUAUGCUACCUGGGACAAGGGCAUCUCAUCUCCAGCCUCAGUUUCCCCACUCAUUAAGUGAGAAAGUGCCACCAGAGGCCCCAGUAAACUUUGGUGUUCUAGAAGAAAGAUGGUUGCCUCCGGAACACAGAGCAUCACUGGGGGGAUGGGAUGCGGGAUGGGAUGCCCCUAGCCAACCAGGUGUACUGCCUUCCAAACCUCUGCUCCUGGUAGCCACUUAGGCUGAGUGAUGCCGGGUCCUCUCCUGCAGCCAUCCUUGUCUGAUGUUUCAAUCCCCUGAGAAGAUGGAAGAUGAUCCCCUUCCCAGGUCUCCUCAGCCCCUCACACUGGGCAAGUCUAAAAUGAGCCACAGAACCUCUCCUUUGGAAGCUGGGGAUAGUGAUUCCCUACUUUUCCAGGAAGGCAGAGAAACCUCCUGGCAUGUCACAUGGCCCGGGAGGACCGCUGUCCUGGCCAGGGUCAGCGGCGCCCCCUCUCCUUGUGACAAGCCACGUUCUCUCGUCUUUCUCCUCCUCACCAGCUGCCACGACUGAGUAGCUUGACUUUGCCCCAACACUAUGCCAUUAUGGAGAAGAAGAAGAAAAAAAAAAGUCAGACCAUGAAAUAGGCCUGAAAUUCAGUGUUUACACAUGGUGCCCAGUUGCCCUUUGUUUUCAAAUGAAGAUGCUUUGUAUGACUGAGGAGUCACAGUGAAGUGUUAACCUAGGGUCCAGGGAGUGAGUGGAAGAGACGGGUGGGCGUGUCUGCAGCCAGAUAGCUGCAGGAUAGAUUUUGGGAGAACAUACCCUCUGAACACUUAACAAAGGUAUAUCUGUGGCAGUCCAGGGCACUAGCUGCCACCCUGCUGCCUAGGAGUGGCAUGCUGGGCUGCAGACUGUGAGCACCCAGCACCAAAGACUUUCCAGCCUUGCUGCCACACUAGGGCUGCCCCAUGCCAAGCUUCCUGUCGCGUAGAAAAGGGCUGUUUCUGUCAGUCAUCCCACUGGGCCCCUAAAGAGAGUGUUUACAGCAGUGGGCAUUGUGCUGUGUCCCAAAUGAGGACACGUUAGGCAUGGGUGAGCUGGGGUGAAGAUUCAAAGAGCCCAGCAACAGAGGAAGUCGGGGUAGGCAGAAGGUGGGACAGGUGACCAUUUUGGUCACUGUACUGAGUCUGUGCACAGCCAGGCCCUCUUGACUCAGGCAGCUCCUCUCUAGUCUUGCCUUGCAAUAAUUUGGCUGAACUUGUGACCUUUUUGAGGCAAGCAAAAGAUACCACUAUCUAGGCUGGGUGCUGGGGGACUUAAUGCUCAGAGGGUCUGGGAGCCCAGGAGACAAGAAAGUGUGUGGUUUUACUACAUUCAAAAGGGACAAUCGCUUGCAGUCAGUAGAUCUAGCGAUCUAGUAGCGAGAGAAUGGUGUUUACCCCAUAUGAAGUAUUCAAUAGCUCUACUUGUGAAUUUGUAUUUAUUUUGAGUUAUACUUGACACAGAAUUCUUUUUUUAAAAAAAAUGCUAUGUGUGUAUUUUGGGAAAAAAUUCAUAGAUGUUAAAAAUUCCUGCACGGUUACCAGUUUUUCUUGGGACACUGAACUUAGUAGCCUCUCCCCCCAAAAUUCUUCAUAGUAACUUUUGUUUGUAUAUAUUUGAGGGUUUUUUUUU